AUGCUGCGAACCAUUCAAACUCUUCGAACACCAUACCGAUUGUCCAAGCUACAAUUGUCAAACCAACUGCGGACAGCUGCAACAACUACCACCGGCAAGGCCGAGGGGACAAUUGCGGACUCGUUCGCUUCUCUAUCUGGUCAGCAGUUCGAAGCAUUGGAGCCACGCUUCGUUACGGUAAAAGAAAACCUCAUUCGAGGAAAUGAGCAAGCCGUCAAAGCAUCAUGGGAUAGGUUACUCUUGACUUUGAAAGACGAGGUCCGAGAAAUCAAGCGAUUGGGCUCGUCGAUUGUACCUCAAAUUGAUUUCAAAGACAUCGACACUCCUUCCGAGCAUUUCAGCAGCGAGUACAGAAAGCGUGGUGUCGCAGUCAUUAAAGGUGCAAUUCCCGAGUCCGAGGCCUUGCAGAUGAAGGAGGACCUAAGAGAGUACAUCAAGGCAAACCCUCAGACGAAGAGCUUCCAACAGCAGGUCUUUGAACUCUACUGGAGCAAAUCGCAAAUCCGGGCAAGAGGUCAUCCCAACCUGCUCAAAGCACAACAAUUCCUGCUGAGCUUCUGGCACUCUAAAGACCCGAACGCAUUGUUUUUGGAUACACCGAUAUCGUACGCUGACAGACUUCGCAUGCGCGAACCUGGUGAUGCAAAAUUUGCCCUUGGCGUAUGUUUUCAGAUCCUGAGGUUUAGUUCUCGUAACAGUGCUGACCUUUUGGUANNGCCUCACAUAGAUGGAGGAAGCUGCGAGAGAUGGGAAGAGACUGGUUAUGGCAGAGGUAAAGUCUACCAAGAUAUCUGGGAAGGUAAAUGGGAGAAGUAUGAUCCUUGGGAGUCCAGCAGCCGCUUGCCUGUCGAGUCAGAUCUCUACCAAGGAGCUGGUGCUUGCAGUGCUUUCAGAGCGGCGCAAGGUUGGUUGAGUUUGUCUCACUGCAGUGCUUUUGAAGGCACUUUGCUUGUCAACCCACUACUCCAGCUUGCGACCGCCUACUUCUUGCUCCGUCCCUUCUUCACACCACAAAGUGGUCCCUCGACUCGCGUGUCGGUAAACGGAGCGGUCGAGCAGGCCGACACCGAUGACUAUCUCUCUCCAGACAACUGGAAGCUCGAGGACAAGCCGAGCUCGUGGCUGCAGGGAGCGAAUCUGGGGCGUGGUCAGGAGCUCAACGCGCUGCUCCACCCUCACCUCAACUUGCCAGAGACCAUGGUACACAUACCGAGAGUGCAGCCUGGCGACUAUGUGGUAUGGCACUGCGAUGGCAUCCAUGCGGUCGAUAAGAUACACGCCGGAAAGAGCGAUUCGAGUGUACUCUACAUUCCCGCUUGUCCACUUACCGAGCGCAACGCUGAAUACCUGGUUCGCCAGAGAGACUGUUUCUUUAGAGGUAAGCCACAGCGCCCAACACCAAUGAACCAAAGCCAUGCUAACAACAGCCAUNNAGGCACUCCCUCACCAGAUUUCCCCGGAGGCAUUGGCGAAGGACAGCACAUCGGUCGCGCGGUGCAAGAAGACAUCUCGGCGGUUUCGGGAGUCAAUGGUCUACGCGCCAUGGGCUUGGAGAAGUUCGACGAGAAGACUGGCCGCACGUCAGGAGAGAAAAAGGUCAUGGCAAGUGCGAACCGCAUUCUUGGUUUCAACUGA